AUGCCUCCCAAACAUCCCCUGUACGAUCGGGAUCCUCAUAACCCGUUUGUCCAACACAACAUUACGGACAGGUCGGUCUAUUUCGACUCCGAGAACGAAGACGAGGAGCGGUACAUUGCGGGAGAGGACGGGACGAUUUUCAACUCGAAGGGGAAGGAGGUCAAACUUGUCGAUUUUCGAGGCAACCCCAUCUUUCCGACGACCAAGCCCGAGCCCAAGACCGCAAAUAUGUCUCUCGGACAAGCUGGCGCGGCUUUGCAAGGUCAGGCAGGCUCCUCGACUGGUUCGGGGACGCAGCUUGGGGCCCAGACCGGAACGUUGAGCCCGGCUUUAACCAACAUCUGGGAAGCAGCGUUCCUUCUCGAAAAGCCCUCCCACCUUCCCGAUCCCACGAUCCACAUCUGGCCGGCCGCAUUUUUGACCCUCUCCCACUGGCAGCAUGCUUACGAAGACGAGAGGAAGAAGCAGGCCGAAGAGGGCGACAAGUCGGAUGUUUCCGACACAUCUCCCGGAACGCCUCGUCACACCGCAAAGAAGAGGAAGCUGGGGGGGUCGAAGAAGUCGAAAACGACACCCGCGUCGCCCUCUUCCCCCCGCAAGAAGCAGGUUCUCUUGACCAGUGAAGCGGCUCCCGCUCUCUCGGAGAGCAAAGAUGCGGUGUUUCGUCUCUCGACGGGCGCAUACAUGGCCUGCAUCAUGACGGAGACCGUCAAGGGGGCCAAGAACGCCGCUCCUGCCAGGAGGAACAAUGUCAAGAUGCUCCAAGAGAUCAUCAAGGAGUCGAAGAGGAGGGAUCUCCCUCUUCAAACUCCCGAGGAUUGGAACGAGUGGAUCGUUCCGGACGAGAGCGGUCUCUUCGACACGAACGCCAUCCAGGGGUUCUUGUCGACCAAGAAGGGUGGUUGGCGUCUCGCAUGUUCGAGGUGCUUCGAUCUCUUCGGAACGGACCUCCCUCCGGCCUACACCGGCCCCGAGCAGUUGAUGGACGUCGCAAAGAUGCCCGCGGCUUGGCAGAAGGAGGGUAAGGAAUACCCUCCCCUCGUCAAUUGCGUCAAGUACGGCGGGAUCUAUCUCUGUCGAGGUGUGGUCGCGGGAACGUCGAGCGGAUCGUUGUGGGGGCAAUGCGGCCUCUGCAAAGAAGCGUCGGGAGGAUGCAAGACCUUCGCCCGGCCCCAAGGUCCCGCCUACAUCGAUGCGGAAGCCAACGUCUGGCUCAAGCAUGCGGCCUUGCUCGAAAAGUUGAUUUACGAUCGACAAAUGAGCAAGGACGAUGCGGUCCAGAUCGGCGCUCGGAUCGUUCAGAUGGAGAAGUACGAGAUGUGCCACGGGAGGGCGGGGGAGGACCAACAGGUCCGGUCGGACGAGGGGGAUGUUUGCGAAUGCAAACAUGCGCUCGUUCACCACCCCGAGUUCUUUGCCGAUCUCGAGAGAGCUCCUGACGUUCCCGACGACGAGUAG